AAUUAUGAAACAGAGUGUGUUAUUUCUUUUGCUGCUCCUUUUGGGGAUGCACUCUGGGGACGCAGCCUAUCAUAAUGUGGCGUUGCGUGGAAAAGCAACUCAAUCACAUCGCUUGCAGGAAAUUCCUUGGGAGGGUUUUGGGGCUGCUUACAACGCCAUUGAUGGAAACCGUGACUCUACUUUUGGGGCCGGUUCAUGCAGCCACACUAAAACAAUGACCGACCCCUGGUGGAGGGUGGACCUGCUGGAGUCCUACGUGGUCACUUCUGUCAUCAUCACCAACAGAGGAGACUGCUGUGCAGAAAGGAUCAAUGGGGCAGAGAUUCAUAUUGGCAACUCUUUACAAGACAAUGGUGCUGCAAACCCAGUGGCUGCUGUAAUUCCUGAAAUCCCUGCUGGGAGUUCACUCCCUCUGAGUUUCAGUAAUCAUGUGGAGGGACGUUAUGUGACUGUGCGUCUACCUGGUGCAGAAAAGAUUCUAACACUCUGCGAAGUGGAGGUUUAUGGGUACCGUGCCCCAACUGGAGAGAAUCUGGCACUCCAAGGAAAAGCCACACAGUCAUCAUUGUUUGCAGAGGGGAUUGCAUAUAAUGCCAUAGAUGGAAAUCGUGCCAGUCACUGGGAAGAAGGCUCCUGCACUCACACAAGAAACGACAAUAAACCCUGGUGGAGACUUGACCUGCGGACAACACAUAAAGUGUUUUCUGUUAAGAUAACCAACAGAGAUUCAUACGAAAAUCGACUCGAUGGAGCUGAAAUCCGCAUCGGAGAUUCUAUAGAAAAUAAAGGCAACACCAAUCCCAGGUGUGCUGUGAUCCAACACAUCCCAGCAGGUGCUACUGUUGAAUUCCAGUGUAACAAGAUGGAUGGCCGCUACGUUAACAUAAUCUGA